GAGUUAGUUUCCUGGGUCAGAGGUAGCUCUUGCUGCAAGCAGCCGCCUCCUUCUGCUCUUCCAUUGUAGGCGAGGCGGGCAAGUUGCAGGCGCGGGGCUGCUCUCGCGCCCUUCCCCACGAAGCCCGGGCGGCGCGCGGCGGCGAUGUAGGCGGGCGCGCGGACCUUUUGCACCCCCGACUUCGCGGCACAAAGCGGCUCCGCGGUUCCUCCGUUCCCCCCUCCCGCCAACCCGUGUGCGCCCUCCGCGGGACGCGGCGCUCGCCGCUGCCGCCUUUAUGAGCUCGGGCGUCCGGGAGCACAAGGUGAGAGGAGGUCACAGGAUGAGCCAUAUGGAGGAGAACUUCAGCCCUGACGAGGCUCGGUCUCAGCUGGUAACCAAAAGAAAAUUGCUUAAGAUGCUAAGCCUAAGCCCUGGACACAGCCAAGCCCGCGGGUCUGAAACAAGGGAGAAGAAAAUACCAUCCAUGACAUGGCCUGUGAAAACAGUGCAUACUAUCAAGAAACGCAAAGCCUUCUUGGUGCACCGGGGUACCCAGACAGAAGAGAUACCGGAUAUCUGCAUCGAAUGUGGGAAGGUCUUCAUCCAGAACUCCAGCCUGAUCAGCCCGUGGCCCGUCCAGAGCGACGAGAAGCCGCACAAGUGUUCUGAAUGCGGGAAAAGCUUUUCCGUCCGUUCCAGCCUCAACAGACACCAGAGGAUCCACACCGGAGAAAAGCCGUACAUCUGUCUCGACUGCGGCAAGCGGUUCAACGAUAAGUCCAACCUGACUCAGCACCAGCGGAUCCACACGGGCGAGAAGCCCUACGAGUGCAUUGAUUGUGGCAAAAGCUACAGCCGCAGCUCUCACAAGAAGAAGCAUUUGAAGGACCCGGCGGAAGAGCCGCGAGAAGUCUGCGCCCCGGCGGACAGGGCCAACGCCAGUGCCGCGGACGAGAAGCCCAAAGCGAAGCAGAAAGCAGAAGUGAUGAACACGUGUACGGAGUGCCUGCGGAGUUUCGGCCACAACGCUGACCUGAUCAAGCACAUGCGCAUCCACACGGGGGAAAAACCCUACAAGUGUAACAUCUGUGAGAAGAGCUUCAACGUCAGUUCUAACCUCUUUCGGCACCAGAGGAUCCACACCGGCGAAAAGCCGUACGUGUGUUCCGAGUGUGGGAAUUGCUUCACUGACAAAUCGACCCUGGUCCAGCACCAUCGGAUCCACACCGGGGAGAAACCUUACGCUUGCCGGUUCUGUGGCAAAUGUUUCAGCCACAGCUCCCACCACAAGAGACACGAGAAGAUCCACAACCGAGAGAACCCUCUCUUUGCCUACCCGAUCCCCUUGUUUUAACAGGUUGCUCCCGUUGGAAGGGAGGAUAGAGAUAACUGUGUCUUGGGGAACUUCCUUUAUUUUUGUUUCUGAAGCGUGUAGGACCCUUUUGACUGAUUUCUGCCCCAGAAAGUUUGCUUUCAGUUGAAUAUAACUUGGCAAUGUCUAAAGGUGUGCUUGGAAUGUUCUACGGCAGUGCUCUUCAACCUUGGCUGAUGGAAGAUGUGUGGACUUCAAUUCCCAGAAUUUCCCAUGCAGCUUGCUGACUGGAGAAUUCUGGGAGUUGAAGUUCACACAUCUUCCAGCUGCUAAGGUUGAGGAACAUUGCUCUAAGGGGGUGUUGAACUGCAGUUUUAGUGGUGGUGCUUUUCUGGGAAUUUAUGAGGCUACAAUUCAAUACAGCUACAGCACAUUGGUUUGGAGAAAACUACCGGGUAAGUUAGAAUGAAUGCUCAAAGUGUGCUGAAUUUUGGUAAGAGCCUUGGAAGUAUUCCUAAUUCCAGGUGGGGUUUCAGAAUAUCGAUAUUUGGUUGUUCCUCAAAUGGGUCCUUCACAGGAAUAUUGGGGAUACUUUGAAAUCCUGUAGAUAUAUAUAUAUAUAUCAGUUCUGUUUUUGUAUGGAAAACUAUCUAUUUAUUGACAAUCUCCUAAUUUUAUUUAAUUGUGAGCGAACUUCCUGAUGAUUCCAUUGUUUUGAUUCCCUUUGUUUCUGGCUCACCUAAACAAGCCUUCCUCUCAGCCCAGGGAUCUCCAGGUUUGCUGGAUAGUGACUCCCAUCCUCCUCCGCUUCAGCCUGGGGAGGAUGGGAGUUGUAAUCACAUACGUCUGGGUAAACUGCAUUGAGAGAAGCUGGAUUGCACGGACCAGCCACAAGUGAAGAGAGAUGGGAAGUCUUCCAGUCUCUAUGCAAAGACACUGUGGAGUAAUUUAGGCAAGGUGUAAAAUUGCCUAUAUGAAGUCUUUGGCUUUAGAGGAGAAUAUUUCCUAGUCAUUGAACACUCCCUGCAACCAUCUGCUAAAUUAGAAGGAGUUAGUGAAGUUUCAAGUUAGUGAAACCUAUGUUUUGAUGGACUGAGAUUUUUUCCCCCCUCCAGAUCUCUUGUUUUGGUUAGCUGAGUGGGUUGAAUUCCCUUGAGGCCUCUCUAAAAAUUAUGUUUGUCAAAUCUCGGAUCUGUUGUUCUUUGCUGCUCUUUCUCCUCAUUUGGCAAUUAGGAAUGGACGUCCAGCAGCUGAAGAUGGUCACAAUUCUCUAAUGACAGGAAGACAAAUUGUGCGUUGGCACUUUAAAGAGACUGUUGUGUGGCUAUGGUGCUUGGACUUCUCCAGGCCAGAGACUCCCUCAGUUGCUCACCCAGGAGACUGAGGAGGUGUGUACAUAUAUGUCUGUGUAGGUGGGUGUCACAUGUACACACAGACUGAUUAAAAACCAAACUAAGCAAGGUGGAAUCUGAAAAUAACUCAACACACCUGGAUUAGCGGACCAUAAAACAUAUGAAUGCAAUAUGUAAUGAAAUGGAGGAUAUUUGUACUUUUUUUGUGGUGAGCAGGUCACAUAUAGAUACAUUUAUUUCCCCCCAUGAAGAAUCUUACCAAAAUUCCUAGGGGACCUGAGUCCUGUUUUUCUGACACUUUUUUUAUUUUAAGUAUUGCAGCCUUCAGGACAAAGUUGGAAUGUCCAGAAGAGCUAAUAAUUAAUUUCUGCGUAUAUUCUCAUUUGUUAAGUCCAGUUUAUGUUCAGAUACAUGUUCUCACAAAGUUCUGGUCCAUCUAGCAGUCUCUGCUACUCAGAUUGGAGAAAAUAUUAUUUGAAUCUUGACACUUGUGCAGGCAGAGCUGUUCCUUCUAUGUCUCGGGUUCUUGUCUGUAUUUUGAAAAGAGGAAGGAAAAAUAGAAAGAAAAGAUCCACCAGGGAUAUGUAGCGAUCUACUAACCAGAGAGUUGUGUUGAUUAAUUAAUGAAAAGAAGGCAAAUAAUGUUGAUAGAAGUCAGCUGGGGCUGCAUAUCUAGAUCUAACAGAAGUAGCCAGAAAAUGAAAAAUAUGUAAUAUGGUGGGGAAGGUUUGGAAUUAGCUGUCCGUAGAAGAAUGUUUUUUGCUGUAGCGAAAUAAUUUUUGUGGCUACCUUUUAUCCUUUCCGUAGGUAUCCUUUCCGAAAAUAUUUGUCAUUUAAUAGAAUCUGAUAGGACCUUUGAUCUAUUGUAGCAGUUGAUUCUACAGGUUAAUUGAGGUUUUUUAGUUUAUUACUGAUGAUACUGAGAAGGAAAGGGAUAAGUGUUUCCUUAAUUCUACAAAUAGAGGGGGAAAAGAACAGCAACAACAACAACAAAAAACCCACAAAGCAUUCCAGUUGUUUCUGUUUUUUAUAUAUAUUCAAGAGAGCAAUUUCUUGUUUAACACGGGCAUUUAGAAUGUGUUCACAUUAUUUGUAAGAAUUUUGGUUUGGUUUUCGUUGUGCGGGUUUGUGUUUUGACUUGUUUGUUUUUAAGUUUGGCCUGACCUCAAAAAUGUUUCUGCUGUUUUGUCUGCAGCAUAAUCUCUGAAAUAUCACUGCAGCGCUGCCCGCAGUCUAACAUUCAUUAUGUUGGUCAUUGCAGCACUUGGCACAACUCUACCCCAAAGUAUUUUUUGCAAUGGCAUAGAGAGUGACUUGAGUGCCCAAAGCACCAUUUCCUUUUGUGGUUUUGCAUUCUUGGAUAACCAAGGCAACGAACCUUUGUAUCCCCAGAAGCUCAUUUGAACCGCAUAAUGGGGUUUUCUAAGUCAGUAAACUAUGAAAGGUUUUAUACCUGCCUCCUGAAGAUAAGUUUCACAAAGGGGGAUUGUGGCCUAGUUCACUUUUUAAAAAGGGUUAUGCAUCACCAUUAAGUGAUAGGGAACUUUUCUCCCUCCAAAUUUGGUUGGUCUCCCGAUUUGUAGCAGUCCCUGCUGCUCCGUCUAGAGUAGCAUUUCUCCAUCUUGUCAACUUUAUGAAGUCUGGACUUCAACUCCCAGAAUUCCCCAGCCAACAUGGGGGCGGCUGGGGAAUUCUGGAAGUUGAAGUCCAGGCUUCAUAAAGUUGCUAAAAUUGAGAAACUCUGGUCUGGAAGAUGACAUGUCAUGCUCCCAUUCCCGAUAGAUUAGUCAAGGCCUGCCAAUUGUGAGAAAUGUAGGGAAAUUCAGGUCCAGUGCUAGCAGUAUAACUAAAUACCAGAUGUUGAAGGCAAAGGGUUGAUUAUGUUCCAUCCCAUAACUAAUGAAAACUUCGCCAUAAUAGAGUCAUCCUUUAUAUUACUUUUCCCACUAAAUAGGCUGGUCUGGGAAGAUAAUCCAACAUUCUCAGCAGAUACUAAGCUCUGUCAGACUCAGUGAGUCUUCACCCUGGAUCAGUAAGGUUAUUGCCAAAUGUUUCUCUUGCUUACCCCUAUACUCACAGUGUUACCUAUAGUUGGUACACUAAGUUCUUAACGAUGGAACUUGAAUGAACAUCGGGCAUCCAUGAGGUGUUUAUAGUCCAUAUGUUUCCCAGUGCACUGAGUUUUCCCACAGUCUGCUCAUCUGUUUUCCAAAGCAAGCUUUCAUAUCAAUUUCAGGUAUAAAUACACCUGUAUACACCAAAUAACAUUCCCUUCACAGGGAGGAUUACCUUACUGGAUCUCACAAGGGAACAGUGGGGGAACCUGGGGCUCUGGAUUGGUGGGUAUUGAAACCUGCUCCCCAUUGUGACUACCAUUAAUUUAGAGCACAGCUCGGGAUGUGUGUGUGUGUGUGUGUGUGUCCGUGUGAGUCACUUCUCCCCCUUCCCCCCAAAAAGGUAACGUGAUAUAAUUUUAAAGCAAUCAUGCUGUUAAAGUGAAUGGAGAUUUAUAAUAAUUUAAUCGGCAUAGUAUCUAAGCAUUUCCCUGGUGAAUGAAAAAUUUAAAAAUAAAAUAAAAUCCAACUUACUAUGUUCA